GGUAAAUAAGAGAGAGAGAGAGAGAGAGAGAGAGAGAGAGAGAGAGGAUAAAAUAAGACAAUAAGAACAGUAACAAGAACAGAAGAGUGAAGCUGCAUUUAUUGGAAACAUGGCAUUUGCACAUGACAUUGAGCACAUAUUCAAGUAAAUUUCAGUGAAGUGAUGGAUGAUUAACAAUUUGUCAAUCAGAUGAAAGAAGAUCAGAUUUGAAUUGACAGGUUAUCUUCAAGAUGGACAGCCAGAACCAAUAUAAUGUGUCACGGCCCAUCUACUCCGUACGUGCCUUUGAACAUGUUAACGAAAGGCAAGCCAGAGAGAGAAAGACCAUCAAAGAAAGGCUCAGUAAUUCCUGCAGUUGCUCUGCAAAACGGGUUGUGCGGCUGAUUAAGGGAUUUUUCCCAAUCCUUGAAUGGCUCCCAGCAUAUCAACUCAGGCAAUGGCUUCCUGGUGAAAUUGUAGCAGGAAUCACAACGGGUAUGGUGUGUGCUCUGCAAGGACUGGCCUACUCACUGCUGGUUAAUGUUGGUCCUGUAUAUGGACUUUUUGCUGCUUUUUUCCCAAUUCUCCCCUACUUCCUUUUGGGAACCUCUAGACAUCUAUCUGUAGGCCCAUUUCCAGUCACCUGUCUGAUGAUGGGAUCAGUGGUGUUGAAUCUUGCUCCUGAUGAACUGUUCAUGGUGCCAGGGAAUGGGACAGCAGUGAAUGGAACAGUAGCAAUGGUGGUGAAUACUGCAGAAAGAGAUGCAAAGAGACUGGCAAUAGCUACCUCUAUGACUGUCCUAAUUGGACUGUUUCAGUUGGCAAUGGGUGUGGCACAGGUGGGAUUCUUGGUGCGUUAUUUGUCUGACCCAUUGGUAGGAGGGUUCACUACAGCAGCAGCUUGCUCUGUAGUAGUCUCUCAGCUCAAACUGAUAUUUAAUGUUCCCACUGGUAACUACAAUAGUGUCCUGUCUCUUUUUUAUACUAUCGGGGACGUAUUUAAAAACAUUAAGAAAGCCAACAUGGUUGACCUGAUUGCUGCAGUAGUGACUAUUAUUGUUGUUAUGCUUGUAAAAGAGUUCAACGCCAGAUUUCAGAAAAAGCUUCCAGUGCCUAUUCCUAUUGAAGUGGUAGUGACAGUUAUUGAUUCCGGAGUUUCUUAUGCACUUGACCUUCGCAACAAUUACGGUUCUGGCAUCAUUCAAACUAUCCCAAGAGGAUUUGUUCCACCUCAACCCCCAGAUGUAUCACUCUUUAGCAGUUUUGUGGGCCCAAGCAUUUCCACAGCAGCAGUAUCUUAUGCGAUAGCAAUAUCAGUGGCUAAAGUUUACGCAGCAAAACAUGACCUUGUAGUUGAUGGAAAUCAGGAACUGAUAGCCUUUGGAUUCAGCAAUAUUUUCUGUGGCAGUUUUGGUGGCUUUGUGGCUACCACUGCACUCUCACGUACAGCAAUACAGGAGAGUACAGGAGGCAAAACUCAGGUAGCAUCAAUAAUAUCAGCUCUGCUAGUGCUGAUAGUGAUUGUGGCUCUUGGGCCUUUACUUCAGCCUCUUCAGAAGUCAGUGCUGGGCGCCAUUGUAGUUUCCAACCUGAAAGGCAUGUUUAUGCAGUUCCAUGAUGUGCCCAUAUUAUGGAGGAAGAAUAGGACCGAUUGUAUUAUUUGGGUGUUUACAUUCAUUUCCUGUAUCCUGCUGGGGCUGGAUAUCGGUUUGCUGGUUGGCCUAGUGUUUGAACUUGCCACUGUGGUUGCCAGGACACAGUUUCCAUCCUGUUCAACACUUGGAAAUAUACCCAGUACAGACAUCUACAAGAACAUGAAAGACUAUAAAAAUAUUAUUGCAUGUCCAGGAACAAAGAUUUUCAAGUUUUCUGCACCAAUAUAUUUUGCCAAUAUUGAUCAUCUGAAAGACCGGAUAAAGCAUAUAGUGGGAUUUGAUGCAGUGCAAGUGUUUAAGAAAAGGAACAAAGCAUUAAAGAAGAUUCACGGUCUAAUCAAGAAGGGAAAGCUUAAAGUCACAGAGAAUGGCCUGGUGUCAGUAGAACAGCUGGGUGUGAUCAAUGAGGGGUAUGAGAACGAGCAGGACCCUCAGCAGGUGGAAGAUAAACCACAGCAGGAAGUGGAGAAUGAAGCUCGGACAGACGUGGAUAUAGAGGUGCAAGUGGAUUGGACGGCUGCACUGCCUGUAGAUGUCACGGUCCCCAAAGUUGACAUUCACAGCUUGGUAAUGGACUUCACUGCAGUCUCCUUCCUAGAUUUGAUGGCUGCAAAGUGUCUUAAACUGAUAAUAAAGGAAUUUUUACGCAUUGGAGUCAAUGUAUAUAUUGCUGGCUGUGAUGAUGAAAUUAUCAUGAAGAUGGAGUCAAUGGGCUUCUUUGAUGCAAUGGUGCACAGAGGCAUGCUCUUCCACUCUGUCCAUGAUGCUAUUCUAUACAUCAAGAUGGAAACUGCUAGUGAUAUCACAGAUGACCCGAUGUUAGAUAAGAUCUCACAGCUACAGGAUGACAAAGAACCUUACACUGAUGAUGAAGACUUGAUUGAGACCUAUGACAACCAGCGCUUGGCUAUCCAUGGACUCUCAUGUUGAGCCUGAACUGAUGUUUUCUGAACCAAGAAAAAAGCCAACAAAGUCUUCCAACCAAAGAAAUUGAUUCAGAUAACCGAUUUUCUGGGACAAAUCACCAUUAAACCUUUAAAUUGUCUGCUUAUUUAUUAGUCUUAAAACAUAUUAUACCUUGAUGCCCACUGACGCCUGAGAUAGGCACAGGCUCCCCGUGACCCGAGGUAGUUCGGAUAAGCGGUAGAAGAUGAAUGAAUGAAUGAAAACAUAUUAUUCGGGAAGUCAUAUGAAUUAUUGUAUAACUACAGUGAAACUAAUAUAAAGAAUGUGUAUAUAAAUGGUAGAACCAUAUGCUUAAUGUCCAGGGAGUUUAAGGGGGUUAGAAGUGUUAUGAGUCUUAAUGGGAUAUAAUAUGCUUAGGAGCUUUAUUUAAUUAUCUUAUUAUUUUUGUAAGCACUCUUCUGAUAUGUACUGAAAUUUCAUCUGUACCUGAUACAAAUAAUCAUGCAGUUGAUACUGUUUAAUAUUUAAGAAAUUUUGUAGACAAUUUAUUGACAUACAGCAUCAAACAUGUUGAGGUAUUUACAGCACUUUUUCACUUUCACCUCCACUCUCUGUGCGAAUCCCUUGCUUUCCUUUAUGCUGCAUAAUAUAUAACAUUCAAUAUAUGCACUGCUCUUGCCUUAUAAUGUUUUCUUCGGACUACCAAGCAUCUUGCUUACUUUUGCUAUUAUUACAUCCUUCUUUAAUUUAAAAAAAUGUACCAACAAAAGCAUUUAUUUAUCUCUUUUUUGUUAUUUUUUUUUUUUAUAAUCCAUACAUUGUCACUUUAUUCAUUUUUUUCUGUUAUUGCAAUCCUAAAUAAAACUUCUUUAACUUCA